AUGAACACAAUCAUCGCAGGCAGCAAAGACACAUCUAGUCCAACAGUGCGAGGAAAGCCUCUCAAGGAGGGCAAAAGUCGGCUUUUCCCAUUGUUCUUUGGAGACGUCGCGGCUGCAGCUAUUUCAGCAACACUUGUUGCUCCCAUUGUGACAAUCAUUGACAGAGCGGUCGUCGAAAAAAUAUCAUUACGGCAAUCAGUCCUUCGGAAUAUCGGGCGACAAGCCCUCUCCGUGUUGCGAUCUCCGUUGGCUUUCUUGUCAUCACGACCAUUCGGCACUGUCUGGACACUCUAUGCUGUAACAUAUGGCGUUGCGAACUCGGCCGAGACUUUUGGGGCUGCAAUCAACACGAAACAUGUGGAUAGUGUGGUCUUUGCUUCCACACUUCUUGUAAAUGUCCCACUGGGGUUACGAAAGGACGUUCGCUUUGUGCAACUGUUCGGCGAGCGAAGCAGCAUCCCACCAAGUAUCUUGACGCCAAACCAGGCCGCCACAAGCAAAGCUAUCAUGCCAACCGUACCAAAGCUCGGGUUCUCGAGAUAUGCAAUGACUGCUUUCCUUGCUCGAGAUGCAUUCACAAUCUUUGGUUCUUUCGUGUUGCCGCCUCGGGUAGCAGCAGCUAUUCCUGACGACGCAAACUUGAGCCCCCGAGCUCAGAUGGCGAUUAGUCAAUUGUCGAUUCCUGCUGUUAUACAGCUCGCGACAGCACCUCUACACAUGCUCGGUCUAGAUCUUGCGGCAAGACCUUCUCAGAUGGCAUAUUCUGCCCGUGCCAAGCAGGUCCGCUAUGGUCUUGUAUCUAUAGCUUUCAUCAGGGCUGCCCGCAUCUUGCCGGCAUUUGGGUUCGGAUGCAUCUUGAAUGGGGAAUUGAAGGAAGCGUUUCGCGAGAAACUGGCAGAUAGUUACAAGCAGGGCUAG